UUCAGUAAUCUUUCCAGGUUAUCAUAUCUAUAUUUGAGUUAUUAUGACAUCAAAGAAAUCAAAGUAGACACCUUCCGAAAUCUGUCCAGUUUCACAUAUCUGAAUUUGAGUUUUAAUGAUAUCAAAGAAAUGAAAGGAGAAAUAUUCCGAAAUCUUUCCCGUUUAACAUCUCUGUAUUUGGGUGGUAAUGGCAUGAAGAUCGAAGCACAAAUCUUCCAAAAUCUUUCCGGCUUAACAACUCUAUAUCUGAACGACAAUAACAUAACGUAUAUUCAACGUGAUAUCUUUGCAAACCUUCCGAAUUUAGAAGAAUUAUACUUGAAUGAAAAUAAUAUCGACAAAAUUCAAGUAGGGACAUUCGAUGAUCUGACCAGGUUAAGAUAUCUAGAUUUGGGUGGUAAUGAUAUGAAGGAAAUCAAAACAGAGCUAUUCCAAAAUCUUCCCCGCUUAAGAACUCUAUACUUGAAUGGAAAUAACAUCGACAAAAUUCAAGUAGGAACCUUUGAUAAUCUGUUCCAGUUAAGCUCUCUAUAUUUGAAUGGAAAUAACAUCGACAAAAUUCAAGUAGGAACCUUUGAUAAUUUGCCCUGGCUAAGAUAUCUAAAUUUGAGCAACAACCAAAUACAAAACUAUGAGGAUGGCGCGUUCUUAUUCCUUCCCAAUAUUAAUUACAUUGACCUCAGAAACAAUAAAGCUAAGAUGUGUGAAUGUCAUCUGCCAGCCUUGGUCAAUUAUACGAAAUCAGAGUUCGGCAGAACUCUGGAGGUCCAGGGCGAAUGUCAAACAGAUUCAGGCAAUAACCAAAACAAAGUAAUACCUAUAAUGGAAUACUCACAAUGUCAAAAUUACUCUUUAUUUCAACGGAAUUUGCAGUGUCAGACAUGUUCUGGAAUGAUGUGCAAUAAUACAAAUGUAUCAUACUGUACAGGUGAUGAGCCUGUAUGCCAAUUUAAAUUAUCAAUGGAUGGCAUUAAACUGAAGUUUGAAAAAUCCUGCAGAACACACAGAAAAUGUGUUGAUGCUAUGGGAGGCAAUGUGUAUAAAUGCAAUGAAUUGACAAGUGGCUCUACCUGCGUUGCUUGCUGCAUCGGAAACUUAUGUAACAAGAAGGAUUUCAUAGGUUGGACCAAUUCUUUUGUAUUUCAUCUGAUUUCCAAUUCUACAUUGAAGAAGUUCAAUGAAUAUAAAAGUUCGGUUGAAAACGUAUCUAGAACUAUGGAGCAUGAGUUAUCAAACUUGGCAGGAAAUUUCGAAGUGCAAUAUUGUGGCUUCGAAAAGAAUAGCGAAGUAUUUACUAUUACUUGCAUAGUACUACGUACAACUACUAAAGACCAAAUUUUUACACAAGUUUUCGAAGCUUUUCAGACAUCACAGACUUUGCGUGAUUUGGGAUUGCAACAACGGAACAUGGAGUUAAUUAAUGAAAUGUUUUGUGAUGAAAUCACUACAGCAACUAGCAAUGGCACUUUCCAUUGGCCAAUGACAAGAGUAGGAACUAGUGUGACGAUCCCAUGCCAUGCAAAUGUAGCAACGAGAUACUGUUCUUCCGGAAAGAUGGAAUAUUCCGAAAUGCCAACAAGUCAUUAUGUGAAAUCACCAAAAUGUUCACCAUUCACUGGUGUCUGGAAAGAACCAGACAUGUCUCAGUGUUACAAUACAGAGGGGAUCACUCAACAACUAGAAAACAUCACAAGUGAAGACAUCGAUAAAGAAAAUGUUGAGGAGAUUUCAACAAUAGUCCGCGAUAUUUCCAAGAAAUCAGUUUAUUUCAAAGCAGAAGAUAUUGACUUGGCUGUUGAUAUUCAAGAGAAAAUGCUGCCAUUGAUAUCGAAUGUGUCCACAAAUAUAACACUGAAUAACAUACUUCCUAGUAUCAACAAUAUGAUAGACACACCGGAAGAGAUUUUGGUUGAAGCAGAACAAUCAGAUGGAACUGGGAGCAGAAUGCUGGACAUUAUAGAAGCAAUCCCUGAAGAGAUUCCACUGGAAGAGCAGCAACUCACAGUUUUACAUCCUAAUCUUGGUAUUGGUGUUAUCAAAGUGGAGAAGGACACGUUCAAUGGUGCUGUCUUUGGUAUUUCAUUUGGAAAUAAAGAAAACGAAGCAAAGACAAUGAUAUAUAACAACUCAGAUUCAUAUCUACAAGUAAAUGAUAAUGUAGACUUCAUUUCAUUACCAAUGAGUUUGUCAAAACAUCUGAAAACCGAAGAUCAGUCUGCCGUUUCAAGGAUUACGUUUUUCUCCCUGCAGGAUGAUAAGCUAUAUAGGGUAAAACAAAAUUCCAGCGCCAAAGCAAAUACUACAAUUAUCAGCAAUAUUAUUGCCGCAAAUGUUCCCAACGUUCAAAUAAUGGACCUUGACCAACCAGUAACCAUAUCGGUCGGCUUAACAGAAAAGAAUCCUGGCAACUUACGGUGUGUUUAUUGGGAUGAAACUCUUGGACAGGAACCCCAUUGGUCAACAAAAGGCUGUAAUACAUCCACAUAUGUACCUGCAGAGAAAAUGAUUUGCUCCUGUGACCAUCUGACAAGUUUUGCCGUUUUAAUGGAAAUCUACGCGAUUCCGGCACAUGGAAACAUUAGCCACCUCUUAUAUAAAACAUCUUACAUUGGCUGCGGAAUAUCAUUAGCCUGUCUAUUACUCACAGUAAUAUUUUAUGUUUGUUCCAAAUGUCUUAGGAAAUUAAUGCCUUCAAAGAUUUUAAUAAACAUGUGUAUUUCUUUGGCUAUCACUAACGUUAUCUUUCUUGCUGGGAUGCGGCCAUAUGACUCAGAAAAAGCUGCUUGUAAGGCAGUGGCUGCUCUGUUACACUUCUUCAUUUUGACAUCUCUUAUGUGGACGGCUGUUGAAGCCCUUCAUAUCUUCUUGCGUAUGCCAUCUUUUAUGAUAAAGAGUUCAAUCGCGGCGUGGGGUCUUCCAGCUGUCAUUGUCGCAAUUACUCUGGCAAUUAACCACACAAACAAUUACAUCAGAAUUGCGGACGUCUGCUGGCUAUCCAAGGUGUCUUUCUACGUCGCUUUCCUGGCUCCUGUGGUGGCCAUUCUCCUCUUCAACUUUAUCGUGAUUUUUCUCGCUAUCUGUCGACGUAGCUCAAAGAAAAGUGACGAGCAGUCUGAACACGAAAUAAAGAAAAUGCGUGUUUUUGGCAUCUUUAGUGUGACCAUCUUGUUCGUGUUAUCUUGGGUCAUAGCAUUCAUCGCUGAGGAAGAAGGAGUUGGAGUGUUUCACAUACUCUUCAUUAUCUUCAAUAUCCUUCUCGGAAUGUUUAUCUUCAUAUUCUACUGUAUAUACAAGAAAGAUGCCAGAGAUGCCAUUUCCUCAUAUGCAAUGAGAGCCAAUAAAAGUUCAAAUUCUGGUAAUAAAACAGAUGUUGGAACAGCAGAGACGAGAACAUAAUCAAGAAUAUAAAAAAUUAAUGUCUUUGAGAAUCUUCUUUUCUUCUUAUAUUACAUUAAACAUGCUUGCAUAAAAGAGAACUUCAUUUUUAUCUAUCAAUACAACACUACGAAACUUAGACACUUUAUAAAUCGCAAUGUACUUUAAACCUUCUUAUUUUCUGUAACUCACAAAAUCUAACAUCAUAUGGUUUGAUUUGUAAUUCUAUAGAUAUUUUCUAACUGCCAAUUUUCACUACUAAUUUUCAAUAUAAUCUUUAACUUUUAUUAACGAAGAAAUAAAUGUGGUUUCUUAAUACAA